AUACAAAUAUGAAUAAUUAUUUCAUUGUUAUAUUAUUAUUUUCAACUAUUAUUUCGAUAACUUCUGGAAAAACAUUUUUAGAUGGAAAACGUGUAGAAGAAGAUCGAUUGGUUUAUCAUCGAUUUAUCAGAGCACCAUCAAAUCCACUACUAAAAUUAACCAGACAAGUGAUAUAUCCAGAACGAAAUAUUUAUAAACGUUUACAAGCCAAACUUGUUCAACGUUUACCAACAAUCACCCAAAUCAAUAUUACCGAUAUUGAGCCAUCACAUUACGAUAGUUAUGGAAUUGUUUCAGUAAUAGCUGGUGGUCCUGGACAUCAAUAUGUUAUUAUCGAAUUAAAAUCUGAAAUGGGACGACCAUUAAAUUAUGAAAUAACAAUUCAUGCAAUGUAUACCUAUUAG